AUGUCCGACCCCAAUCACCCAACACCAACUUCAUUGGAAAGCAAUAUCAUCGACCUGACGCUAGACGAUGAUGAUGAUGCUUUCAGUAGUCGUAGUCCAUCAGACAGUAUCACAAAGACUUCUGAUAUGGACUUAUUUAUUUCUACUACUCAAGCAUCCUCAGACUCUCCAUCGACGGAACGCUUCGAAGAUGACUUUUUGUUGACUGGUUCCAAUUGUCUACCUACAGAUACACACAUCGACUUGGCAUUGGCCUCUUUCAAUAACGAUAUGAUAUCGAGAUCGGCCCAAUUCACCAAAUUGACCAAUCAGUCCAUCCCCGCUCAAAAUCCUGCCCAUGAUCCACAUCAAUAUCUGCCCCUUGAUCUUUGGAAUGUUUCCUAUCCCUAUGAAUAUGGACAGUACACCCAGCCAUAUCCUAGGGCGAAUGAGGAUUUGACUUCAGUUAUGGACGAAGUGACACUGAAUUUGUUGAGUCUAACCAAAGAUUUGGCAGAAUCUGAGAAAAGCCAAAAUGAACCGCUCAGGUCGACAAUUGCUCUUGCAGAUAAAGUGAAAAAUCGAUCAAAAGAGGUAGAACAGACUUUGAACGAUCUCAAAACCUCUCUGAUGGCUCAGACACCCACAUCCACACCCAGUUCUCAAUCUACGAUCUAUCCUUCACACCUUCAUAUUGAUCAUACCUCCAACGAGCACAGGGAUCCAGAUUCAAGUUUGGAGAGAAGAAUCCAGCAUUUGGCAGAUAGGAAUAAACAAUUAGAGGACAAGAAUGAACGAUUGGAAAUGUCUUCUCUCGAAUAUCAGUUAUCAUUCCAAAUUCUUCAAGGACAACUGGCAGAGAAGGACUUACAGAUGAUGCAAUUUCAGAACAAGUAG